CGGGGUACAUCCUUUUCAUUAUAGAUUCUAACUUACGUUCGUUCUAUCUUCGACUUUGCCAUACAGUAUUCAAGGAACGCGGUUGAAUGAAUGAUUUAAUUGGUCUUCAGCAUCCAGCGGCGCUCUUGGGCAAGAGUUCAAUGUGAACGCAACCGUUACUCCGCGCUGAUCUCAAAAUCUACACCAAUCGCGAUAUAUAAGUGCGCUAUUGCCCUGCAAAAUAAGACUUUGAAAGGUGUUCAUACCAGUUAAUAGUUGCUGUGGAGCGCGGAGACAUUGUGUGACACAAUCGUUGAACUAGUUCCAGUAGUCACCAGUAAACUUUAAACGAAAGGAAAAAGUAAAACUCGCACGAGCCGCGUUUUAGCGUUUUUAUGGUGUUGUUUUUCGUGCUCUGGUGAAGCUCGACGGAUCAGUGAUUUGCCGAUUUGUGACGAAAUGUUUAGUUAGAGGGGGGCAACCAUCGCAGUCUAAACUGAACACACAGUUUGUUGAAAGAGUGACAAAUCAAUCAGCGAUAGGAUGAAUAAGCUACUAAAUUUCGCCACACCGUCACUGUUCCGUUCGGUAAGCAGCAUUAAGAAGAUGCCUUGCCCAUUCCUGACUCGUCUGAGCACCAGCUAUGUGCGCAAUUACGCUCCGGCCCUGCUGAAGGCGUACGGUUCGCAAUGUCCCGUCGUGGCCCGUACCAUUUCGACGCUGCAAAACCCACCAUUAGCUGGUGAAUCCAUGAUUUCGGGUGCCACCCCUGGCAAGGAAUCAUCAUCGGUAGUAGCGACUCCUAAGUUGGAAGUCAAGGCGCCAAAUCGUGCCCUGAGCUCACUGCAGCAACCGAAGCCCAAGGAGGAUGACAAGACAUGUCCAUUCCUUAACUCGGCCACGCCCCAGCUGAAGGAGUUAGGGGAAGAGAGUGUUGACGUUCCCAACAGCCGUCCAUUCGGGUACGAACAAUUCUUCCAUGACCAAAUCAUGCGUAAGAAGAAGGACCACUCGUACCGAGUGUUCAAAAAGGUGAAUCGUUUAGCCGAGGAAGGUAAGUUCCCUCAUGCUCUUGAAUAUUCGUGGGGCGAACGACCAAUCACCGUUUGGUGUUCGAACGAUUACCUUGGUAUGUCCUGUCACCCGGAGGUGAAAAAAGCGGUGGCUCUCGCGUUAGAAACAUACGGAGCCGGAGCCGGUGGAACCAGAAAUAUUUCUGGGAACUCGUUGAAUCAUGAAAAUCUUGAAAAGCGUCUCGCGCAAUUGCAUCAAAAGGAGGGCGCUCUAUUGUUCACCUCCUGUUUCGUGGCCAACGAUUCAACUUUGUUCACCUUGGCGAAGGCCUUACCCAAUUGCCACAUAUUUUCGGACGCUGGUAACCAUGCUUCGAUGAUUCAAGGAAUAAGGAACAGCGGUGUGCCGAAGCACAUUUUCCGCCACAAUGACCCCGCUCACCUGCGGGAAUUGCUGUCGAAAGUCGACAAAUCGCUACCUAAGAUUGUUGCAUUUGAAACGGUCCACUCCAUGACUGGAGCCAUCUGUCCGCUAGAGGAGCUGUGCGACGUUGCCCACGAGUUCGGUGCCCUAACCUUCGUGGAUGAAGUUCAUGCCGUCGGAUUGUACGGUGAGCACGGUGCGGGAGUUGGCGAAAGGGAGGGUCUGCUCCAUAAAAUGGAUAUAAUCUCCGGAACGCUAGGUAAGGCGUUCGGUAAUGUGGGUGGCUACAUUGCGGGUACAUCAUUUUUGGUGGAUAUGAUUCGAUCAUACGCUGCCGGUUUUAUCUUCACCACUUCCUUACCCCCAACGGUACUUUGUGGGGCACUGAAGGCCGUCAACAUUUUGGCAUCCGAUGAGGGCCGUCAACUUCGAACUCGUCAUCAGGAGAAUGUACGCUAUCUUCGCACAAAGCUCCAGCAAGAAGGAUUUCCCGUAGAACACACUCCCAGUCAUAUCAUUCCAGUUAAGAUUGGAAAUCCGGCGCAAUGUACCGAACUGUCAGAUAUGAUGAUCAAACGUUUUGGACACUACAUUCAAGCAAUCAACUACCCAACGGUAGCACGUGGCGAAGAAAAGCUUCGUCUGGCACCGACCCCCCAUCAUACGAAGGAAAUGAUGGACGUUCUGGUGCGUGAUAUGAAGAUUGUCUGGAAGGAUUUAGGAAUGCCACUAAACGGUUCGCCGUGCACUGCUGAGUGCGCUUUCUGUCGCAGACCACUGCUAUUCGAUCGUUUUGAGUCGCGCACCAAAUCAACCUGCGCUGCGGAAAUUAAUUGUCAAAUUCCCAACUGCCCACAAAUAGCAGCCAUCGCAAACUAAGCGUGUGGUUGCCCUUAAAAAGCUCUCUCUCUCUGUAAGGUGGUGGGAUUAUUGGCUUUGGUUUCCGGUUCAGUGCUAUACAAAACAAAACAAAGCAAAAAUCUGGUGGAUGGUGCUGCUUGAAUGUGCAACUGUGCAGCGACAUAUCGCAUUCACUUGAAGGACUCAGAAAGAAAGAAAAUACAAAACCGUACUCAAAUUAUCCAUUUUAGGCCGACUCAAAACCGUUUGAUGAUUGUAAUCGAUCCUUCACUUAUGAUGAUGCUAUUGAUUAGAGUAAAUCAAUGACUGUUCAUUGUAUUAAUUGUGAUGUCUCGUAUUCAUGUUUUUAUGUUAAUAUAUAUGAAAAAGCUGUACCUUGAUGGAUUAAAACAGUGAAUAAUCUGUAUUCCUGCACUGUUAUGUAUCCACAAAUUGUGCUUUUGGAUCUAAAAGAUACAAAACAAAAAUGUCGUUUACAAAUGAAAAACUGAUUGUGUUUGUGAUAUGUUGUUAAAAAUAAUCAUUGGAAAAGAAAUAGAAUGAUAAUUGUAUUGCAAGAGA